CACACUUAGCCUCAUUCACUAAAGAUUAUUUUGAUCUCCUUCAUCAAAAUCUUUCUCCCUUCAACGUGCUCUUCAACAGAUGGGACGAUCACCAUGUUGCGAUGAGAAUGGAUUAAAGAAAGGGCCAUGGACACAAGAGGAGGAUGAGAAACUGAUAGUUCACAUUCAAAAACAUGGCCAUGGAAGCUGGAGAGCUCUUCCGAAGCAAGCUGGUUUGAACCGAUGCGGGAAGAGUUGUCGAUUAAGAUGGACUAACUACUUGAGACCUGACAUUAAGAGAGGAAAUUUCACAGAAGAAGAAGAACAAACUAUUAUUAACCUCCAUUCCCUUCUUGGAAACAAGUGGUCGUCGAUAGCCGGUAAUCUUCCCGGGAGAACGGACAAUGAAAUAAAAAACUAUUGGAACACACAUUUGAGAAAGAAACUUCUCCAGAUGGGGAUUGAUCCAGUGACCCAUAGGCCAAGAACUGACCAUCUAAAUGUUCUAGCUGCUCUCCCGCAGCUUAUGGCCGCCGCCGCAAACUUCAACAGCCUCUUGAAUCUCAAUCAAAACGUGCAGUUGGAUGCAACAAGUCUGGCUAAAGCUCAAUUGAUACACAAUAUGAUUCAAGUCCUUAGCAACAACAACAACACCAAUAAUCCUUCUUUUUCUUCAUCAACCAUGCAAAACAAUAACAACCUCUUUGGCCAAUCUUCUUACUCGGAGAACCAAACUAUAUUUGGUCAGUCUCAAAGCUUUUCUAAUAUUCUUGAUGAGAACAAUCAUGAUCAUGAUGAUUUGAUGGUGAAAAGCCAAAUUGUUGAUCACCCUUUGGAUUCUUUAACUUCCGGCCCCAUACAACCCGAUUUUCACGAUGAUCAUAAUUCACUCCCUCUUUUAGUUCCUGCUUCUCCUGAAGAUUCCAAACAACCCAUGAUCAAGAAAAAUGACAUCGGAAAUUAUCAUCAUCAUCCUGAUCAUACUACAAAUCCUUCAUCAUCAAAUUCAACGUUCACACAAGAUCAUCAUCAGCCAUGGUGUGACAUUAUUGACGAUGGCGCAAGCGAUUCUUAUUGGAAAGAGAUAAUAGAGCAAACGUGUUCGGAACCAUGGCCAUUUCCUUAAUAGUAGACAAGAUUGGAAAAUAAUUAAAAGAGAGAAUACUUCAUAAUUUUAUUUGUUGUCGAUAGAGUUAAAAACAUAUUUGUUGUCCACCAAUCUUUACAGUUUGUUUUUUUACAUAAUUAAGUCCAUGUGUGGUAAACAUUGAUCUUGUACAAAUUUAAUUAAUUACCUUACAGUAUUAGAUACAAAGUAUUCGUGUUUGUUGUAAUUACUAUAACAUACAUCUCCGUUAUAUAUUAUUUUAUGAACAAAUACAAACGUUGUUUUC